UUCCAAGUGACACUGACAAUUAGAAAACUGACAUUUUGACCCAAGUAAUGUAAAAUAUUGUCUUCAAAAUGAGAAUAUUUAGCUAUUUGGGGAAGAAAGUUGGCGAAUUAACGAUCAAAUAUUCGAAUUUACCAGAAUCAUACAUAAAGAGAAGCUAUGAACAGGUCUAUUGGAGGAAUCCAAAAGGUUAUCCACAAUAUCCCGCAGCACAAGUCGCGCGUAAGAAGUAUCGUUUCACUACACAUAGGCCUUGGACCGGACAGUUUAGACGAGACAACGAGCCAAAUAAAUACAGGAAGAAGGUUUUCUUAGAACCUGUCGGAGAAUGGACCUUUUUCAAGGGUGACCGUGUUGAAAUAAUGGUAGGAAGAGAUAAAGGCAAGCAGGGGAUCAUAAACCAAGUCGUACAGGAGCGUAACUGGGUCUUUGUUGAAGGGCUGAAUACACAUUUACGAACUGUUGGCAAAGAUAAAAAAUUCCCCGGAGUAACAAUACAAUCUGAAGCACCUCUCCUGGUCACCACUGGAGUGAAACUGGUGGAUCCUGAGACAUUGAAAGCUACAGACAUAGAAUGGAGAUAUACUGAAGAAGGGGAUAAAGUCAGAGUAUCUCUUUCAAGUAGCAGAAUAAUUCCAAUACCAAAAGCUGCGGAAGAAACUAUGGACUUUAAAAGCAAGGCGCUGUAUAUUGAAAAUGCACAUAAAGAUACUGCAGCCGCUGAUGUUAUAAAGAUCACCUUUCAGCCGAAACUGGCAACAUUUGAAAUGGAUAUAAUGGAAUCUAUGGGUAUCAAAGAAGAUAGAGUCCCAGCAAAAUCUUAUUGGUAUUAAUUAAGAAAAUCUCACCAAUAAUGUUUGUUUUUAGCUUAACUUUAGUUGAAAAUAUAUAGUUGUAUAAUGA